CUGCGGGGCAGAGGUGUCUGCGGGGCAGAGGUGCAACACCCAAGGCUUUUCGCAGGUCCCAGCUGUUGCUCCCGAGACCUCAUGGCGGGCAGCGGAGCGGCCCCCGAGCAGCACCAGCAGGCCUCAGAGGAGGACGCCGAGGCUACCGCCUUCCGGGCGAGCGACCAUCAGCAUAUCCGCUACAACCCGCUGCAGGAUGAGUGGGUGCUGGUGUCAGCUCACCGCAUGAAGCGGCCCUGGCAGGGGCAGGUAGAACCCCCACUUCUGAAGACAGUACCUCGCCAUGACCCCCACAACCCUCUGUGUCCUGGGGCCACACGGGCCAAUGGAGAGGUGAACCCUGACUACGACGGCACCUUCCUGUUUGAUAAUGACUUCCCAGCUCUACAACCUGAUGCACCCAGUCCAGUACCCAGUGAUCACCCCCUUUUCCAAGCAGAGGCUGCUCGAGGAGUGUGUAAGGUCAUGUGCUUCCACCCCUGGUCGGAUGUGACGCUGCCACUCAUGUCAGUCUCUGAGAUUCGGGCUGUCGUCGAUGCAUGGGCCUCAGUCACAGAGGAGCUGGGUGCUCAGUACCCUUGGGUGCAGAUCUUUGAGAACAAAGGAACUAUGAUGGGCUGUUCCAACCCUCACCCCCAUUGCCAGGUGUGGGCCAGCAGUUUUCUGCCAGAUAUUGCCCAGCGGGAGGAGCGAUCUCAGCGGGCCUAUCAGACUCAGAAUGGAGAACCCCUGCUAAUGGAAUAUGGCCGCCAGGAGUUACUGAGAAAGGAGCGCCUUGUCUUAGCCAGUGAGCACUGGAUAGUUUUGGUCCCCUUUUGGGCUGUGUGGCCCUUUCAGACACUGCUGCUGCCCCGUCGACAUGUUCGGCGACUGCCCGAGCUAACCCCAGCUGAGCGCCAUGAUCUAGCCUCUAUCAUGAAGAAGCUUUUGACCAAGUACGACAACCUAUUUGAGACUUCUUUUCCCUACUCCAUGGGCUGGCAUGGGGCUCCCAUGGGGUCAGAAGCUGGGACCAACUGGGACCACUGGCAGCUUCAUGCCCACUACUACCCUCCACUCCUGCGUUCUGCCACUAUCCGGAAGUUCAUGGUUGGCUACGAAAUGCUUGCCCAGGCUCAGAGAGACCUCACUCCUGAGCAGGCUGCAGAGAGACUAAGGGCACUUCCAGAGGUUCAUUACUCUUUGGAGCAGAAGAACAGAGAGACAGCAGCCAAUGCUUGACCCUGUUGACUUGUUGACCAUAGUACCUGCUCACUGAGGACUCAUGAGAUCAGGUCCUAGAGUUGGGGCAGAUGUGCAAUCACUACAACUGCUUUUCAGGGAGUCGGGCAGUAGCACAGCGGGUUAAGCGAAGGUGGCGCAAAGCGCAAGGACUGACAUGAAGAUCCCAAUUCGAGUCCCCAGCUCCCCACCUGCAGGGGAGUCACUUCACAAGCAGUGAAACAGGUUUGCAGGUGUCUAUCUUUGUCUCCCCCUCCUCUCCAUUUCUUUCUGUCAUAUCCAACAACAACGACAUCAAUAACUACAACAGUAAAACAAUAAGGGCAACAAAAGGGAAUAAAUAAAUAAAUAUGGGAGUCGGACAGUAGCACAGCAGGUUAAGUGCAGGUGGCGCGAAGUGCAACGACCAGUCUAAGGAUCCCAGUUCGAGCCCCUGGCUCUCCACCUGCUGGAGAGUCACUUCAUAGGUGGUGAAAAGCAGGUCUGCAGGUGUCUUAUCUUUCUCUCCCCCUCUUAAUCUCCCCCUCCUCUCUCCAUUUCUCUCUGUCCUAUCCAACAACAACAUCAAUAGCAACAACAACUACAGCAACAAUAAAAAGGCAAUAAGGGCAACAAAAGGGUAAAUAAAUAAAUAAAAUAAAACUGUGCUUUUCAAGCUUUAGUCACACAUUCUAACUCCACAGGAGUGUGAAUGCUAACCCUCAGGAAUCUGGAGUGAAAGGCUGAAAGAAAAAUUCCAGCUACAACAAAGCCACAUUUGUUUUCUUCUCAGAACAAAAUUAAUGCUCAGUUUCACACUUGGCAUAUGGAUUUACUUAUUACCAGAGCACUUCUCAACUCCAUUUUAUGGUGGUGCAGGGGACUGAACCUGUGGAGCCUCAGGUGUAAGAGUCAUUUUGCAUAAUUAUUAUGCUAUCUCCCCACCCUGGCCUAUAGAUUCUUCUUGGGGUGAUGAAGAUAUCUAAGUAUUGGAAGUUAUUUCUGGGUCAGGGAGAUAGCAUAAUAGCUAUGCAAAGUACUUGAGGUCUCAGACUCAAUCCCCAGCACCUCCAUAAGCCAGAGAUGAGCAGUGCUUGAGUCUGACCCCCACCAUACUGGAGGUACUGUGGUAUCUUUUUCUCUGUCCUAUCUCUUGAAGCCCUGGUGUUGAAUAUAUAAUAUUCUCGAUAACACUGACUUUGGGGAGGCCAGAACUCCCUUUACCCCUACUCCUAGGCUAUCAUCUAAUCAAGCCUGAGGGUUUGGUGGGGAACAAGUAAAAAAGAUUCUGGUCCCAGUGGUCAGUGGCUACACUCUGGGCCACAGGCCAGAGUCCUGGCUUUGUAAGUAGCUACAGCUUGGCUCUGUCCCAGCCCACAGGGGCAAGAAGAGGUGACUAGGGAACGUGUAAGUGGCUUUGUGUCUUUGGCUCUGCAAAUGUCCAUAUGCAGCAUAUAUGUGCAGGCUUUGCGUACCUUGGUGGUCCCUGCACCCCCCUCCCUCAUUACACAGAAAACAGCUCAGGAAGGGAGGGGCUGCUAGGGUUAGCAGCUGUAGAGUCUAGACGAAUGAAAUGGUUCUUGGAGUGACCCUAAGUCUGUUCCCUACCCUCUGGACGUCUCUCCCUGGCAAAAUUGUGUGAGUAGGAACAAUAAACCAUGUAGCCAAGA